CGGAAGUAGUUGGUUUGUUUCUCGGUUCCUUUCGUACUGCAUCGUAUGAACUCGUUGACGAGAGUAUUGUGAAAUGUCUAAUUGUUUUUUUCGAACAGAAGUAUGAUAAUUAAUGUCUAAAUUAUGGUGAUAAACCGUUUGGAUCCGGAAUAAGGAAAGUAAAUCCCUAAAUAUGGCCUCGAGGGGAGACAAAGGGAAUGGAAAUGGCGAGGAGCAGAUUGUGGAGACGUUGGCGGAGGUGUUCCGCUGCUUCAUCUGCAUGGAGAAGCUGGUGGACGCGCACCUGUGUCCGCACUGCUCGAAGCUGUGCUGUUAUGCUUGUGUUCGGCGGUGGUUGACGGAGCAGCGCUCGCAGUGCCCUCACUGCCGCGCCUCCCUGCACCUCCAUGAGCUGGUGAACUGCCGCUGGGUGGAGGAGGUCACGCAGCAGAUAGAGACCAUGCAACAGACCAACUCUGCCACCCAGAGGGAGAGCUUUAGAGACAGAUGCCCAACACAUCAAGAGAAACUCACAGUAUAUUGUUGGACUUGUCGCCGAUGCAUCUGCCACCAAUGUGCUCUGUGGGGCGGCACCCACUCCGGCCACACAUUCAAGCCCCUGGAGGAGGUUUACGAGCAACACGUGACUCAGAUACGAGAUGAGGUGUCUCAGCUUAGACGGAGGCUCAUGGAGCUGAUCAGUUUGGUGCAAGAUGUGGAGCGCAACGUAGAAUCAGUCCGGGCUGCCAAAGACGAGCGUGUUCGCGAGAUACGCAACGCCGUGGAACUGAUGAUCUCUCGUCUAGACUCCGCGCUCAAGGCCAAGCUCCUCACGCUCAUGGGCCAGAAGAACAGCCUCACCCAGGAGACUGAGCAGCUUGAGCAUUUGCUGCAGGAGAUUGAGCAUCAGCUACAUGCUAGCACUAGGUCUGAACUAAUAGCCAAGAGUAGUGACCUGUCGAAGAUGAUUCACCAGGUGCGCAAGAAGCCUAUGGCGAGCUUUGUCACUGCUCCGGUUCCUGCGGAUUUCCACAGCGAGAUCGUCCCGAGCUACGACAGCAGUACCUUCCCGCUGACCAACUUUACGCAACUCCAGCACGCGGCCGCACCAGUUUACUCUGCGCCACUUCACGUGAACGGGUUAUGUUGGCGGUUGAAAGUGUACCCGGAUGGCAAUGGUGUGGUGCGAGGGAACUACCUAUCUGUGUUCUUGGAGCUGAGCGCUGGUUUACCUGAGACUUCCAAAUACGAGUACCGAGUAGAAAUGCUCCACCAAGUGUCGCGCGACCCGUCCAAGAACAUCGUCCGCGAGUUCGCGUCCGACUUCGAAGUCGGUGAAUGUUGGGGCUACAAUCGAUUCUUCCGGCUGGACCUGCUUGCUAGCGAGGGCUAUCUCAACCCGGACACCGAUACUCUUAUACUGAGGUUCCAAGUACGGCCGCCGACGUUCUAUCAGCGCUGCCGCGACCAGCAGUGGUACAUCAACCAGCUUAUCAACAUGCGUAGCCAGCAUAUCCUACAAAUUAACGAUCUCAAAGAGCGGCUAUCGCUCGAAAUGUCCCGCAACUCAAUGGCGGUGACACGCGCGCCCGCCACCGCGGCCCCCGCCACCGCCACGGCUCAAACCAACGACACCGAUAACCCGGCGCAGAACAAACCGGUGGACGGAAACGCCGUCAGCGACGCUUUACUGGUGGACGGAACUCCCCGCACGCCACCGUCAGCGGGACGCAGUGGAAAUACUCUUCCGCACGCCACCGUCAGCGGGCAGCGACUGAUGAGCCCAGGAUCCCUGACGCCCGUGCUGUUCGAAGAGUCGCGCAACAACGACGUGUCGUCGGCCGGGGCGUGUGCUUACGGCGACUACGCCGACCGCCGACUGCCCCUCAACCUGCCGUCCACUUCCAGGUCUGCAAACUCCCUGGGCGCGGGCGGCGCGGACAACAUGGCGCUGGUGUCGCUGCACACGCUGCUGAGCGCCGCCGCGCCGCCGCGCGCGCCCUCGCGCGUGCCCAGCAAGCUGCCGCGCCAGCACCCGCCCAGCAAGGACGAGCUCGCCGCGGUAGCGUCAGUGCCGGUGUCGGAGACUCCGCACGCGCACACGGAGGCGGGCCUGUCCGCGUCGAUGUCGUCGCCGGAGCUGAACGCGUGCGCGGGCCCGGAGCCGGCGCCCGAGCCACGCGAGGCGCCCGCACAGCCUCUAGCUUCAGAGUCUAGCAGCGAUGCCGGGGACCUGAUGUUCAGCGAACUGGAAGUGUUCACGGAUGAGACCAAUCCCUGUCACGCGGACGACAACUCCAACGAAGAGAACGAUGUAGAUGAAGAAACCAUGUCAGACGUGUCGUCGGGCACGGGCACGUCGUGCAGCUGGUGCGCGGAGCAGCCGCGCCGCGUCUACUGCGCCUACCGCCACCGCCGCCGCGCGCAGCCCUACUCGGCGCGCCGCCAGCGCCCGCAGCAGGACCAAUAGACAUAUCCCGACCCCUCAACUCCCUGCAUAGCUAAAUGACGAUAGAAAGGCUACCUAGGUAGUCACGAAAUAGAAUGGUGACGGAGGGAAUCUACCGCAACGCGGAUAUCUAUUCUGCGCGCUGGCAACGUCCACAGCGGGACCAAUAGACACACACAUGAUCCCCUCGACUCCCAGCUUAGCGAGCUCGCGUCGACGUAGAAACUAGCAAGGUAGAUUCCCACCGUCUCUAUAUCAGACGGUGACGGUGGGAAUUCACUGUCGCGCACCUUCGUUUUCACCGGAUGAUAUAAGCAUAAAAACUAUUCUAAAGCUUGGCAAAAAAAUACAAAUGGAACUAUUUUUUUUUUCAUAGCAACACUUACUUUUCUCAUACAAAAGUGAUUCAAUAGUUGCCACAUACAAAACAAUUUACAUAAACGGUGGCGCCCCUAUUAUUUUUUACUCUGUUUUACCAGGCUGUAUGUCCAUUUCCGGGUAUUCAAAAGUUUUACGAUGAUAAGUCAGAAACGCCUUAAGAAGUCUCUCAAUGCAGAAGUCGUGGAGUUGAGGGGUUACAUAAUACCAUCUGCAAGCCACGGGAGUGCCAAGCCUCGGCAGAGAAAAAAAAAGACAGUGUGGAGUCCAAUAGAUAGAUUGAUCAUGGCACUAACGGCUUACUUAACCCCUCGUAUGCUCAGACACGGAUCCGUGCGUGAGAAUUUUAAAUGUCAAGGUCACAUUUUAAUAAUCAAUAUUGACAGGCCCCAUACGAGGGGUUAAGCAUCGCAGUCGCCUAGUACAGUGGUCAACAGAAACCAUAGUUUAACACUUUAAGUU